AUGGCAGCACCUAAGCCCGUUUACAGCCUGCCUGAAGAUGCAGUCUGGUUUAUCACCGGCUGCUCAUCUGGAAUGGGCCUGGCUCUGGCACAGAUCGUUGCUGCUACAAAGAGCCAGCGUGUAGUCGCCACGGCACGCAACGUAUCCAAGUUUGCCGGCAAAUUGCCGGAAGACAGCCCACGUGUCCAUUUGACGGCUCUGGAUGUCAACAGCUCUGAGUCUAUUCAGGCCGCAUUUGACUCCGCGAUCGCCAAGUUUGGCCGCAUCGACGUCGUUGUUAACAACGCAGGCUAUGGUCUGAUGGGUGAUACAGAGUCCUUUGUGACAAACGCUGAGGACAUGGAUAAAGCUCGCAAGAUCGUCGAGACGAACUUCUGGGGCAGCGCUCAGGUGUCCGCGCACGCUGUGCGCGUCUUCCGUGACGAGAACCCUAAGAGCGGCCAGAUUGGCGGUGUGGUACUGAACGUCACAUCUAUUGGUGGUUUCGCUGGAUUUCCCGGCAGUGGUUUCUACCACGCCUCCAAGUUCGCUGUUGAGGGCUACACUGAGUCUUUGAGCAAGGAAAUGCGACCUGAAUGGAAUAUCCACUUCUGCAUCAUUGAGCCCGGUGGAACAAAGUCCAACUUCGCAGGCGACAGCAUGGCGUGGUUCUCUCCCCACCCCGCCUACACAGCACCAGACACACCUACUAGGCUGCUGGAAGGCUACGUGAAGAGCCCAGACAUGCAGGCGACCUGGGCACCGGCUGAGAAUGUCGGCGCUGGCAUGUACGAAAUUGUUGCCCGGAAGCAGGCCAUUCCCCUCCGAUUUCCCAUUGGCGCACCAGCUUGGACCGUCAUCCAGGCCGAGUGUGAUGAGGUGAACAAGGCGUUGCUAGAGAUCAAGGACCUGAGUUUCUCAGUUGACGAUGGCUUGGUCAACAAGAGUGGCGACUUCCUGAAGAAAACUUUCUAA